AUGAUUAAUCCUCCUAUUCCACAAUUUACUAGUAUAGAUGAUGCUAUCAGACAAAUACAAACAGGAACGAAGCAUGUAAGUAUUAUUCUUCUUGGAACUAUUUGGUCUCCGCCAUGCAGAUACACUUUUUAUGCAUUACAAGAAGUAAUGGAAUCUCUUGAAAACAAUGAUGAGAUUCAAGCAUUCUAUGUUGAUCAAGAUGCAAGUGUUCAGUUUUGUUAUACUGAAGGCAUUCCAAUUGGAUUUCCAACUAUAAUUGUAUUUGCUUUACCAAACGAAGAGCAAAUGGAAGAAGAAGAUGGAAAGCCAUAUUUCUUAUUCUUUAUUCCAGAAGGCCAAGUUUAUGAUCAAAAUAAAUCAGAUCAAUUAAAAAGCAGGCUUAUUAGGCAAUUGAAUCAGAAACAAUUAAAGCAUAUCAUAGAUGAAUCGUUAGAAGUAUACAAAGGCAAAAAAUAUGCUAUUUCAAGUCCAAUUUAA